AUGUCUGUCAUUCUAGAGCCAUCUACCCAAUUGACGUUUCAUCGUCCUUUGACGAUUUCCUCCAAAGAGAUACUGACCGUGAAGAAUCCCGGUUCAGAACCUGUAACAUUCAAAGUCAAAACAACGGCACCUAGACAGUACUCUGUUCGACCUAAUGCUGGUCGAAUUGAACCAAAAUCUGAAGUGGAAGUGCAAGUCAUCCUGCAGCCAUUCAAGGAAGAACCAGAGGCUGACUUCAAAUGCAAGGAUAAGUUUCUUGUACAAACAGCUGUUAUUGAACCACAGUUUGAGGAUCUUCCAGUGGGAGAAAUGUGGUCUCGUGUGGAAGCGCAGAAUAAGGAAGGCAUCCACCAACAUAAAAUAAAAUGCGUGUUCUUGCCCGCGUCGACCCAAGAACAACAAGAGACCAAGGAACCACCCGUGAGCCAUCAACAGGCAUCGACGAUCGCUGCUCCUGUACCAGUUCCCACUGUUCCAUCGUCCACAUCUCAUGAACCUGCACCUGUAACAAAUAACCCAGUAUCCGAACCUCAACCCUCCUUUGUGGCUGAACCCCAAUCCCCACCCCAACCCAAACCCAGAGAAGUGCAACCUGUGGCAGCUGAACCUAAGGCACCGUCCGUGGCACCGAGGAGUGUGCAAGAGACACCGAUAGUCACUGACCCUUCAAAGAGUGAACCAAAGGAUGUGAGCGACGUGCCAAAGGCUGUCAAUGUGCCACUGCAAGCCCAGCCCAUUGUGACGGAUAAAGUGACGCCAGUGAGCGAUCAUGAUUUAUUGACAAAAGAACUCCAGGAAGCGCGUGACAUGGUGGAAAGACUGCGAAAAGAAUUGGCUCAGGAACAGGAACAGCGAGGUUUGCGAGAACGUCGUGCUGGGGAAAAGACGGUUCCGUCCACAGAUGCAGUGCAUCAGCACUUGGCUGCGCUCGAAUCUCCUCAAUCGGUGGAAGGUUACCCACCUCAAGUGGUGUUGAUGGUGGCGUUUGCGGUUUUCUUGGUGACUUAUCUUUUCUUUUAG